GGGUUAUUUACAAUAUUAUAAUAUAGCAAGUAUCAACAUGAUAUUAGUCCUCAUGGUUAAUAAUAUUACUGUUAGUGACACUGAGAUGUUUGAAGGAUCAGCAUGAUUAGCAUUAAAACAUGUACUAAUAGCAUAGCAUGCAAAUAUAAUGUAUGUGUUAAUGAAAGUUAAAUGUAAGAUGUCAGGGUUGUAGUCACAUUAGCACUAGAUAGUGUGAAGACUAUACAGUAUACAGAGUGUACACUAGAUCCUCGUUCAUAUGUCAUCACAUGCUGAGUGUUUCUCUUUCAGAUACAGCAGUGGCAGAUGCAGUUAGACAGGCAUCGCUUAAAAAUGUCUAAAGUUGCAGAGAGUUUGUUGAGUUUCUCAGAGCAGUAUAUGGAGUACGACCCCUUCUUCACUACACCAGAACCUUCAAACCCCUGGAUCUCUGAUGACACCACAUGCUGGGAGCUAGAGGCCAGUAAAGAAGCGGGUCAGCAGAGGGUGAAGCGCUGGGCGUUUGGCUUUAAUGAAGUAUUGAAGGAUCCGGUCGGGAGAGAACAGUUCCUGACGUUUCUGGAGUCUGAGUUCAGCUCUGAGAAUCUGAGGUUUUGGUUGGCCGUUCAGGAGCUGAAGAAGCGGGCGAUUCGUGAGGUGCCCAGCAGGGUGCAGGAGAUCUGGGAGGAGUUUCUUGCUCCUGGAGCUCCGAGUGCCAUCAACGUGGACUCCAGGAGUUACGACAAAACCACUCAGAAUGUGAAAGAUCCCGGCCGCUACACGUUUGAAGACGCUCAGGAGCACAUCUAUAAACUCAUGAAGAGUGACUCGUACAGUCGCUUCAUCAGAUCCAGUGUCUAUCAGGAGCUUCUGCAGGCAAAGAAAAAGGUAAUAGCUCCCAAACGCCUGGAAACCGCCAUCUAA